CUGUCUCCCUCCUCAGCUGUCUUUGCCGGUUAUUUUUAGGUUAAAUUCUAAAAUAAAUUGAAGAAAGCUGCUGUGGUACAUACUUUUCUAUGGUUAUGAAACAAUAGAGUGGAUCUCUGUCGCCUCGGGAGCGCCAGUCUUUGUGAACCAUGUCAGGCGAUGUGCAGCCAAGAAAACGUAAAGAUAAGAAAAAGAAAAAAGAUGAUUUAGGUGUAGAAGAACCUCGUGGGACGGAGGCGGCGCUCGGCGAAGGCGAUGUCUUCAUGCACUCUUACCACGACCAUGGCACCGGAGGACACUGGUGUGCCAAGAUCAUAUUCUUCUCAUUACUGGCUGUGCUCAUAACUCUUAUAGGACUGAUCAUAUUGGAAAAUAGAGGUCUUACUGAAUUGGAAGCAAAUUCUGUGGAAUCUCGGUACUCUGGUGUUCUUGAAGGUUGGUUAGAGGAUGCACCUGAUGAUGAUCAUCAUGACGAACAUACACUGGAACUGAAACACCAUGAUCUUGAGCAAGAUCAUAGCCCAGAAGAUGACCAUGAUGAUGAAGAUGAAGAGCAUGGGGAUGUUGAUGAUCAUGACGAUGAUGAUGAUCACGAUUUAGAAGACCAUGAUGAUGAGGAUGACGACCAGGAAGGCGACGAUGACGGUCAUGAUGACGAAACAGAUGAAGGUGAUGAUCAUGAUGACGAAGAUGAAGAUGUCGAAAACGACGACGAAAAGGACGAAAACAGUGAAGAGCAAAAUCUGGAAGACUCAAAUGAGGAGGAUGAUAAUGACGUUAUUGAACAAAAAUAUGAUGAGAAAAGCGACGAUCUAGAAGACGAUGACGAUGAUGAAGAUAACGAGAACUUACAAAAUGCAGAUGAUAAUGAUGAUAAUGAAUCUGCGGAAGAAAACGAUGGUGAUGAUGAAAAAGACGAAGUAGAUAAUCAUAGUCAAGAAGACGAUAAUGAUAAUGAUGAUGAUGAAAAUGACGACGCCAACGACGGAGAUAAUAGUGACGAAGAUGAACAACAGGACGAAAAUGUAAACCGCGAUGAGGAUGAAGAAGAACACGAAGAAGAGGCGGAAGAAGAUUUAGCGGUGGAAGUGGAAAGGCUCGAGAAAGAGCCUUCUGAUGAUGACGCUCUGUCAGAAGAGGAGCCGGCCGCUGAACCAGAGGACGACGAUAAGAGCGAAGAAGUUUCGAAUGAAUUGGCACCUGAAGACGAGGCUGAUGAAGUUUCGGAAGAUGAGGAAUUCCUGGAGCCUGAUGACAUCGAGGAAGACUUGCCAGAGGUUGAACCAAUCGUCGUUCCUCAAGGAAAACCUUUAGAUGAGGUGGAAGAUGAACCAUCAACAAUAAAGCCAGCAGACACCCUCGCCGAGGAAGAAGAAUACGAGAAGCAACAAGAAGAGUUGCGACGAGAGCAGGAACAAGCUUCUCACAUGUGGCUGAAGUUGGUGGUGGGUGGCGCUCUGCUUGUGGCCACUCACGCGGUCGUUCGUCGCGCCAUUGCCCCGCGCGAUGAUACACCAGCAAGUGACGACCAUGCUAGUAGGGAGGAGACCCCCGUGAUCGAUCGCCGCAUGACUCUUAUCCCCGAAGAGAGAGCCGCCGCUGCCUCUCCAAGAGAAAUCAUUGAAGAAAUAGUAGAACCAAUCGAAGAAAAAAUAAUUGAAAAGGUUUCCUCCGUUAUUAAAUCUUCUCCACCGCAAAAUGAAGAAGUUGAAGAAGAGGAAGAAGAAGAGAAUGAAGAUGAGGAAAUAAUUGAAGCUAAGAACGUGCAGCAAGAACAAGCGAAGGAUGAAACUGAGGAAAAAGAGUUGUAUAGUGACGAAGAGGAAGCUGAAGAGGAGGAAGAAGAAAUAGAAGAGAUACCUCUAGCUUCUAAACCUGCACCAGCCGCGCAUAAAGUGGAACCACCUAAACCAGAAGCAGACGAAGACGUACCUGAUGAUGUAGAAAUAAUCGAUGAAGAACAAAUUGAAGAAGAAUUGGAGGAAGAAGAAGAUGAUGAAGAAGAGAUAUCCGAUGUUGAUGAUGCAGAGCUGUUAAGCCGUCUGGAAGCUAAAUACGGCCGUCUGCCCGAACCCGAGCGACCCGGACCCAAACACAAGGAUGGUGGUAACAGUAUAGAAGACGACUGGCCGGGAGAGCCCAGCAACGAGUACUGGCGCGAGGAGCUCGACAAGGCCGAGCAAGAGCUGCGCCAGGGCGACUGGAGGGCGGCGAGUCACCGCGUGUCGGCUGAGCAGCUGCGAGGCAGCGGGCGAGCGCGCUGGCUCCUGGCGCGAGCUCUCGAUGCCGAGGCUGAAGCUCGCCGCGACAACCGCCUGCUGACGCGGGCCAUCGCCGCCUACCUCGACGUCCUCAAGAUGAACGAGCGUCUUGCUGAUGCCAGGCUAUUAGAAGUAGCCGAUAAAACACUAGAAAGAAUACGGUUUAGAGGUAAUUACUUGAGUGCAGAACCUGUGUACAGACUACUUAUUCGGAGAUUUCCUGACGUUCCUCACUACUAUAACAAUCUGACCAUAUCUUUCCUCAUGGCAAAUAGGGCCGAUCUCGCAGAAUUAGUUUUAGAAGAAACUCUACAGAAAUGGCCAAAUGAUCGAAUCGCUUUAGCUCACCACGGUUUUGUAUUAAAAACUCAACACAAACGUUAUGAAGAAGCUGUGGAAGCCUUCUUGAAAGCUUUGGAAGGUGAUGAAGGGCCAGCCACUGAGCCGCGGUUCUAUUACCACCUGGGAGACUCUCUUCUACUGCUAGGUCGUUUUACGGAAGCCCACGAAGUCCACAAAAGAGGAGCGGCGCUGGGACACUUCUUGUCGCCAGCACAACGAUCACUUUAUAACGUAGAUCGCCUUAAAAGUCAACCGUGGUGGGAUAUUGAGAAGACGCCUUAUAACAAAUUAGCUCGUGCCCUAGAAAAAUCCUGGAAGGACAUAUUGAAGGAAGGCGAAAAAGCAAAAGCUUUAUAUGAAAAAGAAAAAGAAGGUUUGAAAGAGCGAGGCGAAUGGUCGCAGCUAGACCUUUUCGUUCGAGGUCAAGAGAUCCCGAACCGUUGUAAAACAGCACCAGUUACGUGUUCAAUAGUUCGUUCGGAAGUCGCUGCGUCCGGAUGUCGCAGGGGCCAGGUGAAGUUCAGCGCCAUGGAGGCCGGUACACACGUGCGACCUCACGUCGGACCCACUAAUUGCCGACUAAGAAUGCAUUUAGGUCUCAGCAAUACCAAAGAUACUUAUAUAAGAGUUGAUCAAGAAACGAGGCAAUGGGAGGUCGGCAAAACACUACUGUUUGACGACAGUUUUGAGCACGAGGUCUGGCACAACGGUACCGGCACGCGACUGGUUCUCAUCGUGGACGUGUGGCAUCCCGCUCUCACAGCCGCUGAGAGACGUACGUUACCACCCAUCUGACGUGACGUCAUACAUAUCUUUCAUUUUCAGCGCCCUCUAUUUGUGUACCUCCUUUUAGAUAUAUCGAAGCCAUCGAACUGAUGAGUCGUAAAGGAAUUCGCAAAUACGUACAAAAUGUAAUAUUUAAAAGAAAUUAAAGAACGAACUAGUCAAUUUACAUGAGUCGUAUCACGAAUACGAUUUAUACAGUAGCGUUAUGCAUUUAUGUCAUGUCAGUUCCGCAUAAGUAACGUCGUAUCUCCAACAGAAUUUCGCUCUAAGUAUUUGCUGUAUACAUUUUAUUACUUUUGUAUGAUCGAAGUAAUCGCAUUCUAAAUCUACUUUCGUUUUAAUAUACAUUUUAUGAAGUGGAAGUUAUUAGUCGAUUUUGUACAAAUAAUGUUAAAUGCAUUUGUAUUAAAUGUUAUAUUGUUACUAACAAUUUCAUUACCAUAUCUUAAGUGUGAUGUAAUCAAAUAAUGUUUCAAAUAACAUUUCUGUAUAUAAUUGGUAUUUUAAUAUAAAUUCAUAUUGAAAGUGACUUAUUUAAAACAUUGUUUGACUAGAUUUUUGUGACCAGUAUUUAGUAAUUCUACCUUGUGAUAUAUUAUCGUCUGCUUUAAGAUUAAUGUUAAGAAUAAAAUUACAAUGCUCGAAAA